AUGGAGAUCACAGACACCUGCCAAGAGGAUACAGACACACAUAGAUCACAGACAGCUGCCAAGAGGAUACAGACGCGCGGAGAUCACAGACACCUGCCAAGAGGAUACAGACACGCGGAGAUCACAGACACCUGCCAAGAGGAUACAGACACGCGGAGAUCACAGACACCUGCCAAGAGGAUACAGACACACGGAGAUCACAGACAGCUGCCAAGAGGAUACAGACACACGGAGAUCCCAGACACCUGCCAAGAGGAUACAGACACACGGAGAUCACAGACAGCUGCCAAGAGGAUACAGACACACGGAGAUCCCAGACACCUGCCAAGAGGAUACAGACACACAGAGAUCACAGACAGCUGCCAAGAGGAUACAGACACACGGAGAUCCCAGACACCUGCCAAGAGGAUACAGACACACAGAGAUCACAGACAGCUGCCAAGAGGAUACAGACACGCGGAGAUCACAGACACCUGCCAAGAGGAUCCAUGUGAACUCACAGAGACCUGCCAAGAGGAUGGUCCUCAAAAAUCACAACACAAGUACAAGAAAGAGCUGCUCCAGUCCUCAGAGGACCGGCCAGAGGGAGGUCUGAACCCAGAGGGAGGUCUAAACCCAAAGGGAGGUAUAAACCCAGAGGGAGGUCUAAACCCAGAGGGAGGUAUAAACCCAGAGGGAGGUCUGAACCCAGAGGGAGGUCUAAACCCAGAGGGAGGUCUGAACCCAGAGGGAGGUCUAAACCCAGAGGGAGGUCUGAACCCAGAGGGAGGUCUGAACCUAGAGGGAGGUCUGAACCCAGAGGGAGGUCUGAACCUAGAGGGAGGUCUAAACCCAGAGGGAGGUAUAAACCCAGAGGGAGGUCUAAACCCAGAGGGAGGUCUAAACCCAGAGGGAGGUCUGAACCCAGAGGGAGGUCUGAACCCAGAGGGAGGUCUAAACCCAGAGGGAGGUCUGAACCCAGAGGGAGGUAUAAACCCAGAGGGAGGUCUGAACCCAGAGGGAGGACCUCCACCUUCUCCAGCCCUGACCCCAGCCCUGCCCCCGGCCCUGCCCCGGCCCCUCCGGUACCUGCUGAUGAUCACGGCUCCCUUGUACAUGACGGUGAAGGUUGGCAUCGUGCGGAGCCAGCGGCGACACGCGCUCUGUGUCCGCGCGCUGGUGCUGCAUAGCUCUACAUCAGCUCUGUCCUCAGAGCUCUACAUCAGCUCUAUACUGUCCACAGAGCUCUACAUCAGCUCUAUACUGUCCACAGAGCUCUACAUCAGCUCUAUACUGUCCACAGAGCUCUACAUCAGCUCUAUACUGUCCACAGAGCUCUACAUCAGCUCUAUACUGUCCUCAAAGCUCUACAUCAGCUCUAUACUGUCCUCAGAGAUCUACAUCAGCUCUAUACUGUCCUCAGAGCUCUACAUCAGCUCUAUAUUAUCCUCAGAGCUCUACAUCAGCUCUAUACUGUCCUCAGAGCUCUACAUCAGCUCUAUACUGUCCACAGAGCUCUACAUCAGCUCUAUACUGUCCACAGAGCUCUACAUAAGCUCUAUACUGUCCUCAGAGCUCUACAUCAGCUCUAUACUGUCCUCAGAGCUCUACAUCAGCUCUAUACUGUCCACAGAGCUCUACAUCAGCUCUAUACUGUCCUCAGAGCUCUACAUCAGCUCUAUACUGUCCACAGAGCUCUACAUCAGCUCUAUACUGUCCACAGAGCUCUACAUCAGCUCUAUACCGUCCUCAGAGCCCUACAUCAGCUCUAUACUGUCCUCAGAGCUCUACAUCAGCUCUAUACUGUCCUCAGAGCUCUACAUCAGCUCUAUACUCUCUAUACUGUCCUCAGAGCUCUACAUCAGCUCUAUACUGUCCACAGAGCUCUACAUCAGCUCUAUACUGUCCACAGAGCUCUACAUCAGCUCUAUACUGUCCUCAGAGCUCUACAUCAGCUCUAUACUGUCCUCAGAGCUCUACAUCAGCUCUAUACUGUCCACAGAGCUCUACAUCAGCUCUAUACUGUCCUCAGAGCCCUACAUCAGCUCUAUACUGUCCUCAGAGCUCUACAUCAGCUCUAUACUGUCCUCAGAGCUCUACAUCAGCUCUAUACUGUCCACAGAGCUCUACAUCAGCUCUAUACUGUCCUCAGAGCUCUACAUCAGCCCUAUACUGUCCUCAGAGCUCUACAUCAGCUCUAUACUGUCCUCAGAGCUCUACAUCAGCUCUAUACUGUCCUCAGAGAUCUACAUCAGCUCUAUACUGUCCACAGAGCUCUACAUCAGCUCUAUACUGUCCUCAGAGCUCUACAUCAGCCCUAUACUGUCCUCAGAGCCCUACAUCAGCUCUAUACUGUCCUCAGAGCUCUACAUCAGCUCUAUACUGUCCUCAGAGCUCUACAUCAGCUCUAUACUGUCCUCAGAGAUCUACAUCAGCUCUAUACUGUCCUCAGAGCUCUACAUCAGCUCUAUACUGUCCUCAGAGCUCUACAUCAGCUCUAUACUGUCCACAGAGCUAAUGUUCUGUGCGCGCACAGAUGCGCCUGCACCUGGCAACACUGAGCGGCAUUUUUUGCAGCAUGGCCCCGGGCCCCGGUGA